AUGACGCUUCCCCGGGGCCGGGCCGGGGCCCGGGCCUUGGCCUCAGCGGCCAAAGUGGCCCAGAGGCGCCGCCUCGUGGAGGACGCGGGGAGAUCGCCGAGUCCUGCGACCUGGAGCCGGCGCGCCGCGCUCUAUGUCCACUGGCCCUACUGCGAGAAACGCUGCAGUUACUGCAACUUCAAUAAGUACAUCCCCCGAGGCGUGGAGGAGGCUGCGGUGCGGAGCUGCCUGGUGACUGAGGCUCAGACGCUGCUGCGACUAAGCGGGGUGCAGCGGGUGGAGUCUGUGUUCUUCGGUGGGGGCACACCCAGUCUGGCCAGUCCCCACACUGUGGCUGCUGUCCUGGAGGCAGUGGCCCAGGCAACUCACCUGCCCGCGGACUCCGAAGUCACACUGGAGGCCAACCCCACUUCUGCCCCUGCCUCCAGGCUGGCAGCAUUUGGGGCAGCAGGAGUCAACAGGUUGUCCAUUGGCCUCCAGUCCCUGGAUGACACUGAGCUCCAGCUGCUGGGGCGGACACACUCAGCCAGUGAUGCUCUGCGGACACUGGCAGAGGCCCGGUGCCUAUUCCCUGGGCGCGUAUCUGCGGACCUGAUGCUGGGGCUGCCGGCACAGCAGGUGAGGCCGUGGCUCAGGCAGCUGGAGGAACUGCUGCUCCACUGUGAUGAUCACAUCUCCCUCUACCAGCUGACCCUGGAGAGGGGCACUGCCCUCUUCACCCAGGUGCAGCAGGGUGCCCUUCCUGCCCCAGACCCUGAGCUUGCUGCUGAGAUGUACCAGGAGGGACGGGCAGUCCUUCAGGAGGCUGGCUUCCGCCAGUAUGAGGUCUCCAACUUUGCUCGGAACGGGGCGCUUAGUACCCACAAUUGGACUUACUGGCAGUGUGGUCAGUAUAUUGGGGUUGGACCUGGGGCCCAUGGGCGCUUUAUACCCCAGGGGGCCGGGGGCCUUGCUCGGGAGGCUCGGAUCCAGACCCUGGAGCCUGACAACUGGAUGAGGGAGGUGAUGCUGUUUGGCCACGGCACCCGGAAGCGCUUCAUCCUGGGUGAACUGGAACUGCUGGAGGAAGUUUUGGCAAUGGGACUACGCACAGACGUGGGGAUCACUCACCAGCACUGGCAGAAGUUUGAGCCCCAGCUGACCCUGUGGGAUGUGUUUGGAGCAAGUGAGGAGGUGAACACGCUGCUGGAGCAGGGCCUGUUGCUGCUGGAUCACAGGGGUCUUCGGUGUUCCUGGGAAGGUUUGGCUGUGCUGGACUCACUACUGCUGACCCUUUUACCUCGACUCCAGGAGGCCUGGCAGCAGAAAAACCCCUCCUGUGUGCCAGGAGGGUGACAGAUGUCCCUGCAUUCCAGGACAGUAUCCCAGAGACUUGAACAGUGAGAACCCAUGUGUCCCAUCUCCAUGAGACCAUCCAGUUCCUGGGACAGAACUGCAUUCUACAAAGAAAAGGAUUUGAAUAAUAAAAUUGCUAUCGACUGAGUGUGCCCCCCAGAAUUCAUAUGUGGAGACCUCAUCCCCAAGCUGAUGUAUUGGGAGGUGGAGCUUUGGCAGUGAUUAGAUCAUGAGGAUGGAGUCCUCAUGAAUGGGAUUAGUGCCCUUUUAAAAGAAGACCUCAGAGAGCUCCCUAACCUCAUGUGAGGACAUGGAGAGGAGACACAGAAUCCACUGGCACCGUGCUCUUGAACUUCCCAGCCUCUGAAACUGUGAGAAAUAAAUGUUUUUUGUUUAAGCCA